CGCCGUCUCUCCGCCUUGUGUUCCUCCCUCUGUUCUCCCCUGACCUCCGCGCCGGUCGGUCCCUCCCGCGCUUUUGUCUGAUGACGCUAGAGAUACGAGUCUAUCCUUUGCGUCUGUGAAAGGUGGUCUCUGCAUUUACCUGUUGAGGACUGCCUCGGUCACUCGGCGCUUCCCGGGACGGCACUAUGGCUCGUAGUAAACCAGCUAUCUCCAUCCUGUUGCUGGGCCUACGGAGCGUCUGCUGGGGUCUGCAGUUCGACGACAAGAGAGUAACUUUUCCUCGAAAUCUUGAAGUCUGCUCCGUUCGUAGGUCUGACAGCGACAGCUUCUUGUCGGAAGUCCAUAUACGAUCGUUAUCAGGUGGAUCCCUACCACCGACUGCCACAGAUGUCACCUUGAAGACUUCCCUGCCUUCCUGCCGACACCACGCGGUCACUUCCUUCACCCACGCGUCCGCAAACGUCUCAGUCACAUGGUCUUGUGAUGACCUGACUGCCCCGGCGCCAGGACAACUCCGCGGCCAGGUCAACACUCGGGAGAAAGGCGAAGGGCUAAGACUAGUAGCUGACCUUGCUCAUAAAGAUAUCGUAGUCACGUCUUCAGGGGUGGAACUAGCUUUCAGAGGAGACCAGGUGACUUCAGGUGAUCUAAAAGAACCUGCAUCCUGGCGACUGAGGGCUCAGAGGCGUAUAAAGACAGACCAGACCUCCCGUUGCUCCCACGAUGAUGGCCCUGUCGGAGGAGAGAGCCACUUUCCGCAGUGCACCCCGACUUUCACGGAGCCAAAUGAAUUAUAUCACGGUCAUGGCGGAGACGAGGUGCACACAAAGCAGCCGGAGCACUUCGAAGGCGUGGAGUUCGAGGCGCAGGUAUCUAAAGGCGAGAUAUCCAUCAAGAGCCGGUCUCCAUUGGGCGAGCGCCGCCUCCUCGCCUACACCUCUUCGACGGAGGAUCCUGGUGCCAGCAAGUGGAUGUUGCAUCUCCCGACUUUGAACUUGAGGCUGAACGCUACUUCAACCUCCUGGUAUGAUCACCUGAAGGAUCACAGUUAUUUCGAGGCUGAGAUGACGAAUCUCCUGACAAAGACUAGUGUUAAAAUCACAAGUAAGGAAGUUCUUGUCCAACAGAAAGACAAUCUAGAUGAUCCAGGGAAACAGGUUCAGGAAGAAAACAAAGGAAAAGAAGCAGUUCGGAGCCAUCCAACCGAGGCAAUGGAGGCAGGCAGUGAAGGAGACCUGGUUGCUGACAGCAGCUCUCAGGAAGACAUCAAGCGCGCAAAAAGGCACCUGGACAAGGGUCAAGUAGGGAUGGACUUUCAAGGAACAGAAGGAUCUUCCGGAGAAUCUGACUUGUUCCCGACAGUCCUCCCUCCAAAUUGUAUCCCCGGAUCAAAACUGGUGAAGCAGGUCCAGCAGACUGUCGAGAGCAGCAUAUUCAACAUGGAAACAAACAUGACUGUAGACGUCACGCCCGACGGAGAGCACAUUAUCGGCAUUCUUCAAAAAGGAUCACUUCCUGUCUGUCCUGAUCUCGGCUGGGACCUCAAGCAAAUCGCCAAUUUCUCGUCAAGUUUCACCGGAUGGGAAUACGUCGUGAGCCAAUGGUCGUGGGGCAGCAUGGUCGUCGAAGCGCAGUGGGGUGUCAGCUUCUUCCAGGAUUAUCACAAGAUAUUCGCUUUUAACACAGAUCAGAACAGUCCUCUGCCAAGCACACACAUCCUUCUGGACUUCCGUGAUUAUAAAGAGUUCCAGGUAAAGGCAAAAUGUCCAACACUAGGGAAAUCAUUGGUCUUCACCCUUCACAAUGAUGCAAACCAUCACACUUUCAUGGUGAGGAGCAUAAAUGAGUUUAUGCCCCUUGACUCGUCGACUCUGAUAAAGGUUGACGUCAAGGUGAUCCACAGUGACUUGGCAGUGACAUGGUAUUUCGAUGAGGAGAAGGCGUUCUCUAUUUGGAGCAAACUCACUGAAGCUGUACUGGAGGCUAUAUCAAGUACAAGCUUCUGUGGUCAGAAUGCAUUCAAGGAAAAGGUCAAAACCUUCAUAACGGGUAUGUUUGGUGACACGCCACUUCAGCUGAUGCCGGAAGUAUGGGCCCUCCUAACCUUAGUGAAAGAAGUGGAGGAGCUUCAGGAUCUCAAGGUGUUCUUCAACGAAAUUAAUCAAGAUGUUUUUGACUUUCUGUCACUGUGGUCAAAUCUGAUGGCCUCUGGGUACAAAGUGGGCAUUUUGGAAGCCCACCCACAAGGCAUGGGUGUAACGGUGAAGACACAAGGUAUUAUCUGGGUGUUCUCUACUGCUAUGGACGCUUUGAAUGCUGUCUCAGGAUGCAGCAAUAAUUGUGAUACUACAUAUCAACUAUCUCGCUUGAUCGAAGACUUUGCAGCCACAAUCCGCCAUUCUUAAAUAAGAUGCAGAGUGCUGAUGAAGCUAUUGUAUCAGUGGCAUUCACAAGGCUUGUGUUCUACCAGUGGAUAUGCCUUAAUAAACAUUAUAAGUCAAUAUAGGUUUUCUUUCUCAACAGACUUAAAGAUUGAUUAGACAUGGAGUAAAUAACCAAAGUGAAUUCUAUAGUGCAGGGGUUAUAUUAGUCCUCGGCCAUAUAAGAAACAAUGAUGUUAUCUCCAAUUGUGGACACUUGUCUGAGAAUUCUAAAGAUAAGGAAAAUUUGUUGGAUUUACAGUCCAUUAAAUACAGUUUGGAAUGUUUAAAGAUUAUCAAUAAUUAUAUGAUAGUGCCAAAGGCCUUCUUGCAGUACCGUUCCUUCAUGCCAGUUGUCAGUGUCAGUAGGUUUUGCACUGACAGUAAGAAAUUGAGAAAAUAAGCUUGCAGUGAAAGACCUUAGUAUAAUUUUGUUUACACCAAAAGUAUGUCCAAUUAUAAAGAAAAAUAUCCCCAUUGGGAAAAAGAAAAAAUAUCAAGAUUUUUUUAACUGUAUUUUUUUGCACAUUAUAGCAACAAUUAAUUACAACAAAACAUUGUUCUUCAGCUUGAAAACAUCACAGGAAGUUUACUGGUCAUGGAUAUUUUACUCAGCUGCAGGAAUGCAAUGAAUUCUUUUGAAGGUCAAAAGGGUAAAGCAACACUAAGACUGGUGAACCUGAAGUGCUAUGAUUUGAAACAUUUCUCUAUCUUUCAAAAUCUCAUACACAUAUAUCAUUAAUUUAUAAUAAAAGUAUAAAAGUAAUCAUAAUUUGCCUAUUCCUUGACAUUUUAAGUGUUAAUGGUAUUGAUUUUCUUUGCAAACAAAUGAGUGCAUACAUUUUUUUUUCUAUAUUACCAUUUCUUAUUUAGCCAAAUAUACCAAUAAAAAACAAGAGUUUUCCCCAACCUAUUUACCAUAAACUCUGCUAACAUCCAUAGUUUGAGUUUGGAAAAUAUCAAAAUAGUUUCUGGAUUUUAGCUUCAAAUCUAAUUUACUACUCACAUAUACCAUUCCAUUCACUCCACCUGUUGUGCUGGUUUAAAAACUUCUACAGUGGAUCACAAUAUUGCAUUCCUUCUUUCAAAACAUUUGCAAAAGUAAUAAAAUCAAUGAUCUCCUCCCUACACUUUGUAGAAUAUUUAAAUAAGAAUACUUACUUACACUACCUGCUUUGGACGUUGCAUGUCAAUCUCUAUUACAAGAAAAUAACAGUAUAUAUUGUCAAUGCAAAAGCUAUGUGUUCCAUUUACCUUCCACUUAUGUAACUUUUCUUUUUGUAAUGCGAUUCUAUUUUUCACAAAAAAUCCAGUAUAAGA